AUGAAACCCAAGAACAAAUUAACAAAGUAUGAAAUUCUAGCCGAACCAGAAUUCGGCAAAACCAAAAGGAUUUACGCCUGGAUCAAUGGAGAGUCACACUGCUAUCAGGUGACCAUCAACCCGAAGGACUUCAGGAGUUGGCCUCCUAUCCUGGCGCACGUCACAAAUACUGUACAGCCCAACUUCGGAGUGGUGAAGAGGUUGGUUGCUCUCAGUACCAUGCAGUCUGUGCACGCUUUCGAAGAACUGGAUUCUAACGAGAAAUACAUAGCGCUCGGGGCUAGCUGCAAAGUCAAAGUGCCUCCAGGCGGCUACGAGAUACCAGCACACACAAAAGUGAAUCGCAGUAAAUCACUAAAGAAAUUAUUCUAUGUUGGAGACUUAAAUCCAAAAAGCAUUCCCUUUCUUCAAGCGAUGCAAAAGAAGAAACUAACUGUCGUUUACAUUGCGAUAAGUGGAAAAACUAGACCGCCGCAAAAGGUUAUUUUCAAUGAGCACGAUAUGAAGGACUGGAAUCUUAUUAGAAACUAUUUAGCUAAACUUCUGGGUAUACCAGAGGAUGUUCAAUAUAUUUGCUCAAUCUACGGAGACGUACUAGACGAUGCCAGUCAAUUUCAGCACGGUUACUUAUACGUAGUAGUACCAUUUACUCAACAGUUUAUUCCAAUGGAUUACGCCAGCUUGUCGAAAGAAAUAAACAAUUACAGAAGAAAUUUUAUGUUACCAGUUCAACCGGCUUUUAACACGAACUCUUUCGCAAGGGCUCCAGGUGUACAUAAAACAUCAUCGGCUCCAAAGAGUUAUUGUCCAGAAAACGAAAAAUUGCGUCCGAGAAAAGACACAGUCAAAGAAGAAAGACAAAAGGUGUUCGAACCCGAACCCGAACCCGAAAAGCAACCAGCACCGGAGAAAGAGAUAAAUAUGUUUUUGGAAGACGGCACCGUAAAACCACCGGUCUACACAAAAAGCUUCGAAGAUAAAGGGAAAAAGAUCAAUCUCAAUAAUUUGUGGAAGGAUAUGAAGGAUACUUUAAUAUUGCUAAAAUAUGACAUCGAGAGUAUUAAAAUAAAAAGAGGCGAAUAA